GCUCUGCUUGAAUGAGUUCAAUUACAAUGCAAAUGCUGGAGCUUACUGUGUUGACUGUGUGGUCACCACGGUUGCCGCAUCUCCAGGACAUGGUCACUUCCUUGACUACCUAUCCCGCCUCGCUUCCACCUGUAGCUUCCUUUUUUUUUUUUUUUUUUGACACGGUCUCACUCUGUGGCCCAGGCUGGAGUGCAGUGGUUUGAUGUCGACUCACUGCAACCUCCGCCUCCUGGGUUCAAGCGAUUCUCCUGUCUCAGCCUCCAGAGUAGCUGCGAUUACAGGCGCCCGCCACCACGCCCGGGUAAUUUUUUUGUAUUUUUAGUAGAGACGAGGUUUUGCCAUGUUGGCCAGGCUGGUCUCGAACUCCUGACCUCAGGUGAUCCGCCCGCCUCGGCCUCCUAAACUGCUUGGAUUACAGGCGUGAGCCUCCGCGCCCGGCCGCAUUGGCAUCGACAAAAGUCAGAAUUCCCGGGAACUUGAAGAGAGGCUGCUAAAUUCCCAGUAAUUGUUCCUUUGGCCUUCUAGGGACUGACUUCAAAGAAGGAAGGAAAUAAUCAGGCAGUGCUUCCUCAUUCUCCUUCAAAACCUGCUUCCCACUGAGUCUGCACGUAGGAGGCCAGAGAGCACCUUGCCCUUCCAUGGAAACUCAGGCCGAUCUCGUAUCUCAGGAACCUCAGGCCCUGCUUGAGAGUGCUCUUCCUUCAAAAGUUCCUGCCUUUUCCGACAAGGACAGCCUGGGGGAUGAGAUGUUGGCAGCUGCACUCCUAAAGGCCAAGUCCCAGGAGCUGGUAACCUUUGAGGAUGUAGCUGUGUACUUCAUCCGGAAGGAGUGGAAGCGUUUGGAACCUGCUCAGAGGGACCUCUAUAGAGAUGUAAUGCUGGAGAAUUACGGGAAUGUGUUCUCACUGGAUCGUGAGACCAGAACUGAAAAUGAUCAAGAAAUUUCUGAAGACACAAGAUCACAUGGGGUCCUACUGGGAAGAUUUCAGAAGGAUAUUUCUCAGGGUCUCAAGUUUAAAGAAGCCUAUGAACGAGAAGUCAGUCUAAAGAGGCCACUGGGGAACUCCCCUGGAGAAAGAUUGACCAGGAAAAUGCAAGAUUUUGGUCAAGUGACAGUUGAGGAGAAGAUAACCCCCAUGGGAGAAAGAAGCGAGAAAUAUAAUGACUUUGGGAACAGCUUCACUGUGAAUUCCAACCUUAUCUCACAUCAGAGACUCCCCGUGGGAGACAGACCCCAUAAGUGUGAUGAAUGUAGCAAGAGCUUUAAUCGAACUUCAGACCUUAUUCAACAUCAGAGAAUCCACACCGGAGAAAAGCCCUAUGAAUGUAAUGAGUGUGGGAAGGCCUUCAGCCAGAGCUCACACCUUAUUCAGCAUCAGAGAAUCCACACUGGGGAGAAACCUUAUGAAUGUAGUGAUUGUGGGAAAACCUUCAGCUGUAGCUCUGCCCUAAUUCUGCAUCGGAGGAUCCACACGGGGGAGAAACCCUAUGAAUGUAAUGAGUGUGGGAAGACCUUCAGCUGGAGCUCCACCCUCACCCACCAUCAGAGAAUCCACACUGGUGAGAAACCCUACGCCUGCAAUGAAUGUGGGAAGGCCUUCAGCAGGAGCUCCACCCUUAUUCACCAUCAGAGAAUCCACACUGGAGAAAAACCCUAUGAAUGUAAUGAGUGUGGGAAGGCCUUCAGCCAGAGCUCACACCUCUAUCAGCACCAGAGAAUCCACACUGGAGAGAAGCCCUACGAAUGUAUGGAAUGCGGAGGAAAGUUUACCUACAGUUCAGGCCUUAUUCAGCAUCAAAGAAUCCAUACUGGGGAGAACCCCUAUGAAUGUAGCGAGUGUGGGAAAGCCUUCAGGUACAGCUCGGCUCUUGUUCGCCAUCAGAGAAUUCACACUGGAGAGAAGCCUUUGAAUGGGAUGGGCAUGAGCAAAAGCUCCCUCAGAGUUACGACCGAGUUAAAUAUCAGAGAGUCCACGUGAAAGAGCCACACACCCAUUUUCCUCACUUCCCCUGAGUCUCAAGAGGUCUUGCCUUACUCUAUAAAUCUCAACAGCUUAGGAUGUGUCCCUUCCAACUCAGACCUUUCAUUUUAGAGAAUGGGGCAGAUUGGGCAAAUCGGUGAAUUUUACCAGAAAUCGCACCAGCCUUGGAAAGCAACAAGGCAAGCGGAGGUGGGG